AUGCUCCCCACUUUUAAUUCCCACCCAGCACCAGUAGAAGAAUCACCAGCGCAGCCAUCAUCACUCAUUCACUCCCUCACUCAUUUCUUGCCCCCAAAUCUACACACACAACACACACUGGCCUCGCUCCAGUUCCCAGACCGAUUGAGACAUUGAAGAUAGAUAAAGCUAGAAAAAGGGGCUCUGUAUUUUGUCCUUUGUUUUUGUUUUUGUUUUUGUUUUUUAGCUAUUUAACUUGGAGAGGACUUUACAGCUCAACCUCACUCUCUCUAACUCUGCACUUUGAAUCGAGGAGAAGAUUUCACCCUUUUUCUGGGUUUUUUUCAGCUUCAUUUUUUAGGCCCAGAUCAAAUCUACCCAUUUCCAGGGACUUCUUUUUGGUGGCCGGUUUGCAGAUCGAUAAACUUGAUAGCUAUAUGUCUGCGAGAGACUUGAUACUGUCUGGUACAUUAGAUGAUUUGUCAUAACAUUAUUAUGCUUGACCAGUGCCACAAUGAGCAGUCUCUUUGGGAAUUUUCAGUGGCCGUUGCUUCAAUGCAUUCUACUACUUUGCACAUUGGCAAAGGAAAUUCGGACACUUAGUCCUGAUGGUCAAGCGCUCGUCAAUUUUAGAACAGCCAUUCUUAGUUCGGAUGGUGUUAUCCAGCAGUGGAGACCAGAGGAUCCUGAUCCAUGUGGGUGGAAAGGAGUAAAAUGUGAUCCAAAAUCCAAGAGAGUGAUAUCCUUGAGUCUCCCUGGUCAUAAGUUGAGUGGAUCUAUCUCACCAGAUAUUGGGAAGCUAGACCAAUUACAAUUUCUAGCUCUUCAUGACAACAACUUUUAUGGGACAAUUCCUUCAGACAUAGGAAAUUGCACCUAUUUGGGAUCAUUGUUUUUGCAGGGUAAUUACUUGAGUGGAUUGAUUCCCAGUGAAUUAGGAAAUAUUUCUGAGCUAGAAAAUCUGGAUCUCUCAAGCAACUCCCUUAGUGGAAGCAUUCCACCAUCACUGGGAAAGCUAAACAAGCUCGUACUUUUCAAUGUGUCGACCAAUUUCCUGGUUGGGCAAAUUCCAUCUGAUGGUCGUCUUACUGCCUUCAGUAAUAAUUCCUUUGUUGGAAAUCGUGAUUUGUGUGGUCAACAGAUCAACAAAGUAUGUAAAGGUGCUGGUUCUCGACCAUUUCCCGGAAGUCCAGUUUCUCCUGAUAACCAAGCUAAGAAGAAAUAUUCUGGCCGACUGCUUAUAAGUGCCUCUGCUACUAUUGGUGCAUUGCUUCUGGUGGCAUUGAUGUGUUUCUGGGGGUGUUUCUUGUAUAAAAGGCUUGGGAAAACAGAUGGAAAAAACCUUGCUAUGGUUGUCGGUGGAGGAGCAUCAAUUGUGAUGUUUCAUGGAGACUUGCCUUAUUCUUCCAAGGAUAUAAUUAAAAAAUUAGAGACUUUGAAUGAAGAACACAUCAUUGGUUCUGGGGGCUUUGGAACUGUCUACAGACUUGCAAUGGAUGAUGGCAAUGUGUUUGCAUUGAAAAGAAUAUUAAAGUUGAAUGAGGGGUUUGAUCGAUUCUUUGAAAGAGAGCUUGAAAUUCUUGGAAGUAUCAAACAUCGAUAUCUUGUCAAUCUGCGAGGAUAUUGCAAUUCUCCAACAUCAAAGCUAUUGAUAUAUGAUUUCCUUCCUGGAGGCAGCCUAGAUGAAGUUCUCCAUGAAAAGUCUGAGCAACUGGAUUGGGAUGCAAGGCUCAAUAUAAUCAUGGGUGCAGCAAAAGGCCUUGCUUAUUUGCAUCAUGAUUGCGCUCCUCGAAUUAUCCACCGUGACAUAAAAUCUAGCAACAUUUUGCUUGACGCCAGUUUCGAGGCGCGUGUUGCUGACUUUGGAUUGGCCAAACUACUGGAGGAUGAGGAAUCCCAUAUAACAACUAUUGUAGCCGGUACAUUUGGGUAUUUGGCCCCAGAAUACAUGCAGAGUGGUAGAGCUACAGAGAAGACUGAUGUUUAUAGUUUUGGGGUUCUGGUGCUUGAAGUUGUAAGUGGAAAGCGGCCUACUGAUGCCUCCUUUAUUGAGAAAGGGCUAAACAUUGUUGGCUGGUUAAAUUUUCUUAUAUCUGAGAAUAGACAACGUGAGAUAGUGGAUCCACACUGUGAAGGAGUUCAGGCAGAAACCUUUGAUGCCCUGCUAGCAGUUGCCAUUCAAUGUGUGUCCUGUGUCCCUGAGGAUCGGCCUACCAUGCAUAGGGUAGUUCAAAUACUUGAAUCUGAGGUCAUGACCCCAUGCCCGAGUGACUUCUAUGAUUCAGCCUCAGAAUGAAAGCAAUUUUGACAAGAAAGGGCAAAGAUUCGUGUUGGAUGCCAUACUUCUGCCACCUUAGACAACCAAACACAGGAGUGAAGAAAGGAUGAACAAGGGGUUGAGAAUGUGCAGUACUUGAAAGCGUUUUUAUUGUUUUCUGCAGCUUCAUGAUAGCAAAUACUCAGGUAUGUGACGCAAGAGUAAAUGGUUCAUCAUCACUGUGCGAAUUGUGCCUUUUCUUCUCCAUUUGGAAUCCCAAUUUAGAUCUGGGGCCUUCUCAUCUCUUUUUCUCUACACAAUUUCCUCCCUUUGUUUCUUUUUUCUUUUCUUUAAUUUAUGUAAUCCCCUAUAAUUAUUUGUAUAUGAAAUGAUUUAACUUCAUGUCAACUCAGAUAGAGGAUCCUUGUAAUGCCAAUUUUUUUUGUAAUAUAUCUUUUUAUGGUUUGUGAACCAA